UGCUCUCAAUUUUCUUGUGUUGGCAACCCCGGCAUCUCUUUUUCGCGUUGUGAAACGUCAAAAAGUUCUUUCUUGUUGAAAAUUUCAAGCAGACAAAAUGGGUUUCGCCGAUCUCUGGUAUUCGCAUCCUCGUAAAUAUGGUCAGGGCUCCCGUUUCUGUCGGGCCUGCUCCAACAACCACGGAAUGAUCCGCAAGUACGGUCUCAAUAUUUGCCGUCAGUGCUUCAGAGAAUACGCCAAGGAUAUCGGCUUCCGGAAGCUGGAUUAAAUUAUCCUUGUUCUCCCGUAAGUUUUGUUUUAUUCAUCACCGUUUUGAAUUGCAAUGGAAAUAAGUUCUCUGGAUACAUUUCGGAUCUAUCGGCGAUGAAUAAACGUAACUGACCACAAAUGUAA